AGUCACACUUCCGCCACCGACCGGGUGCGAAUGUUGUUGUUCGUGCCUCGGCUCCGGUUCGAGCAUUCCUUUCUCGUUUUAUUUUUCAAUAUUAAUUAGAGAAAAUAUAUCGCGUCUAAUUGUCGUGUAUUUCGCAUCUUGAACUUUUAGUUUUUUCUCCAUACUUCCUGCUGCCCUUCGCUGCUGCCACCGUUGUCGUCGACCACCCCUCCCCUCCCCUCCCCUCCUCCGUUAUACGUAUCUCAAGUGAGUGAAGUGUCAUCAACGAACAUUCUGUGAAAUAUAAAGGUACGAAGUGUGUGCGAAAGGGAUAUAUCUAAUAUAUGUACCGAAUAUGUAUGGGGUAUAUAUUAAUUGAUGCGCAUCGUCGACAAAACUUACAAAACUUAAAUAGAUCAAAAUUUGCAAUUGGAUGAUAGCUCGUUAAAACUAUCGUUUAUCCGAUGAUCAAAUCUGAUAAUAAGAAAUAAAUGAACCUGUUACUGUCUCGACGAAAAGAGGAACUGUUUAAAGUGUGACGAUUAAAUUAUGACAAAGUGUAUUAAAAAAAAAAAAAAAUGUGUAAAUAAAAGUGAACGAGAAGAAAAAAAGGAAAAGAGAAGAAAAUAAUUAGAGGAGUCGUGUGACCGAUCAAACAGACAAAAAAAAAGGGAGAUCUAUCGAAAACCCCGAUCGACGAAUAAAUCGGGUCAUGAGGACAUGAACGACCCGAGUUUAAGGGAAUCCGAAGAUCAAGCGCUUUUACCGGUACAUCCAAAUCAAGAUGGCGGUGGAUCGGGAUGGUACGCGUCAUCAUCGAUCACCGAAUCUACUUUCGAAAGUCUCGCAUUGGACGUUUCUUACGCGGGAUUGGACGUGUCCUCUCGUGAUCUCGUCGAUCAUGCGACGAGUAGUUAUCGAGAGACGAGAGAAGGAACAGGAGGAGGAGGAAGAGACGAGGAUAUUGAAAGAAAGGCGAAGAUGAAUAGAGAUGAUUUGUGGGAAGACAUUGGUGUUGUUGAUUAUCUCGAAAGAAAACUUGGACCACCUGACGAAAGUACACCCGAGGAACGUGUAGAAGCCUUGAGAGAAGUUUUGGCUGAAACUGAUAUUCACGAAGGCGAUGGAGAUCUAUCGGAUUUUCUUUUUCAUAUAGCAAGGACGAAACAUGGCAGGAUCUACAUCAGAGUUAUUCGUACUCUGCUACUAAACAGAGUUCUAUGCAGCAACCGGGUGAGCCAAAUGACCAAGACCUAUAAUGACAUUGAGGCAGUUACAAGGCUUUUGGAAGAGAAAGAAAAAGAUUUGGAAUUGACCGCACGUAUUGGUAAGGAACUGCUGACGCACAAUCAAAAACUUGAAAGUACUGUGAAUGCCCUGGAAGCUGAUUUGAAAGAGGCAAACGAAAAGAUUACGCAGUUGAAUCAUGAAUUGUUCAAGAAAACCGAACUCAUUCAGAUACUUACAAACGAUGUUGACGAGUCAAGCUCCGAAGGUGGUACACCAACAGGUUUGCGUGGUAUCAACUUGGACAUGAUGCAAAGGAAGAUAAGUACUUUGGAAGAUGAGAACAAACAAUUACGUAAUGAAUUUUCCAAGUUGAUACAUGAAACUAAUGAUACCGAGGAACAGGAGGCCCGUCUUGUAAAGGAUAUUGCCGCUCAACUCGCAAAUGCCAAUAUGGAGGCGGAUGGUAUGGCCGAGGAGCUUGGUCGACAAAAAGAAGAAAAUAGGUUACAACACGAGCAAAUAGUUAGCCUUACCGCUAAAUUAGCUGAAACUGAGCUCAGGUUAGCUCAGCUCAUGGCUGAACAUGAUGAGGUCGGUGCGACUCUAGUCAUUACCAGAGAUAAUCAGAACACCCUUGCCAGUGAACUUGCUGAAUUCAAGGAACGAUACGCCGAGGUUGUAAAUCUGUUGUCUGAAACGCAAGAACAAUUGCGUAAACAAAGAAAACGGGGAAUGCCAACCGUAAGAGGUGGAUCGUUGUUUCCUUCGAUGGGUGCUGCGCCACAGCCAGACUCGAUAGCUUCGGAAUUGGAAUCAUCUCUAUAUUCGGAGUUGAGUCUGGAUUCUGGUAUCAUUACUGAUCGAACACCAACAUACAAGAAAGUAUUCGAAACGGUCCGUUGUGCCUCUCGAGCGUCUUACACGAGUGCAGAUAUGAAUCAAUUCCCUCGAAUAGGUUCCAUGACAACGUCAACUUUGUCGAGUGGUUCGAUGGGUCCACGCAUGAGUUGUGGCCAAGUUAAAUCUAAUAUGCCUUAUGGUUUUACGAGUUUGGAUUCGACUGGACACAGUGAAAGCGAAGGUUCCCUUUUCACUGAGUUUGAUGAUUACCCAGGACCACAAAGGAUUGGAGUACCUGGUGCACCAGGUGCAGCGGAUUUGGAAGCAGCUCUACGUCGGUUGACACCAGCAGAAGUGCUAGCAAGACGAGCAUGUUUAAGUACUGGUGCUGGAUAUAACUAUGAUUACGAUGGUGGUAUCCUACAUUCACCGCCGACCUUUUUACCGUUUGGUUGUCGAACACCUGACAGUAUAAUGUCAACUGGUAGCAGUGGUAAUCUGAGCGGUUUCAGUGGUAAUACUGGAAAUGCUUGGAGAGUUCCAGAGAAAUUACAGAUAGUAAAGCCAAUGGAAGGUUCACAAACCCUACAUCAUUGGUCACAAUUGGCUACGCCUACUUUAGGUGGUUUAUUAGAAGAUAGGCCAGGUGUUAGAACACGUGGUGGGCGUGGUCUUGAAGAUCUUGGUUUGUUGACCUUUACAUUGUCGGAUUUAGAGGAAGAUGAGGAAUAUGCGAAUCCUGGUAAGCUCUUCCAAGAUACAGGCUCGGUUUAUACCUUUACGAAUAGCACGGUACUUCAUCCGGACGAACAUACAAGCGUGACACCAAGUAUCGUGGGUAGUCGGGUCGCAACAGCACCUAGUAGCGCUGGAAAUUCCGGAAAAAAUAGUCCUCGUACUCGCAGCCGAAGUAAUUCUACCUCGACGUUCUCGACGACUCUUGGUCUGGCUAAGAUGCUCAAUGAGAGAGGAAUUAAGGCUGUGACACCUUCCUGUGUAGGUACUUCCUGUGGGGCGACACCUAGCGGCGAAAGAAAUUUCAUACCAACAGCAACGCCAUGUAAUAGCCCGGAUGCUAGCCCGCCAGCAACAAGAUCUACAUCACCACCGCCGCAGUCAUCGCCACAGCAAGAAAAUACUUCUCUGUCGUUUAGUCUGCUAAGUAGCGGAGCUGAAUUGUUGAAACGUACAUUCAGUAGCGAUACCUCGCAAUCGCAAAUUAAUAAAAGAACGAGAACGCCGAAACCUGCGUUGACGAGAUCAGAGAAAAAAGCAUUAACCGGUAUACGAUUGGUUGAGAAACUCGAAAGAAUAGGAAUCGAUGCUAUAAUGUCAACGACAGUCGGCUCGUCGAUCUCGCCGUUGGCACUUCAGGGUGCUUUGUAUACGCGACGUUCGAUGAAGAGUCCAAUGGCACAACUGACCUUCCUCAAGACCUCGAUGCCUUCCAGCAUCAGUCAGGAAAGAUUGUUCUCGCCUUCGUUAGCCUCGUCCUCUUCUAGCGUCGUUUCUGAAUCUAGUUCAAGUCCGACAUUGGAACAUAUGAAUAAUAGUAAGAGGAUGAACGAUGAUAACGUCGAUGAUGGUGGUGCUUCGGUUAUGUCAUCUGGUAAUUCUAGUUCAGAUUCGCCUAUAAGAUCAUUGAUAAUCGAAUGUGCGUUAGGUACUCAACAAAAACGCGAUAACGACGGUAGUAAACCAACUAGAUCGGAUUUAGGUAAAGUCAAAGGUGCAGCUAAUACCACAACACCAGUUACCAGAGAGUCCAUUACUCAAUCCGCCCUCGGUUCUAUCAGUUCACUUUUCUUUGGACGCAAGGGUGGUCUUUUGUAAAAAAAAAAGAACAAACAAAAAAAAAAGAAAAAAGAAAUUUUUCCUCCUUUUCCAUUCUUUCUUUCCUUCCUUUUUUCCUUUCUUUCUCCCUUUCUCCCUAACUUCUUUUAUCUUUAUUUUUUCUUUUUGUUCCCAUUCGAUUAGCCUUCGAGCUAACGAUGAGUCGAACGUCGUAGUCAAAGUUUUAGCGGAUUAAUGGGUAACUUGGUACUUUGGUAGAAACAAAAUGGUUCCGUUCGUUCCUUGGUUGGUUGGUUCAUUCGUUCGUUCGUUCGUUCGUUCGUUCGUUCGUUCGUUCGUUCGUUCGUUUGCAUGUUCGAUUAAAAAAAUAUUGAACAUUGCUCGUACUAUUACAAACACAUCGCAUUGCUCUCAUCUCUGCGACACUUAAUUUUCGAUCAUCGAUCGGAUCAGAAUAUAUGUGUAUGUAUAUAUACAUAUACAUAAAACACAAAGACACAUACACACACACACACAUAUACAUAUUUUAUUUUUUGAUAAAUACUUAAUUCUUUGCAGUCCGACGUUUCUUCAGUUUUGAAGACUAUUUAUUUUCUUUUUUAACAUAUAUCGAAUAUACUAUAAAUACAUUUUCCGUGAAAUUAAUAAGAUUUGUAAUUUGUAUACUUGUGAAUACCUCUCUGGGUAUUCAUCUUAAUUUAAUUUGUCACUGAAAGUUUUAACUUUAAACAAAAUAUCAUUCCAAUUAAUACUUGGAUUAUCGAUAUGCCAAAGAAAAAAAGAAAAGAGAAAAAGAGAAAGAUG